AUGGCGCUCAUCACUACGGUGCUCAUUCUUUUCAAAGCAAGGCUCGCGAAACCCGUCCACAUUCGACCCAAACGACAUGUGGCCCUCCGCGUUCAAGACAUACCGACAGCGAAAAGCCGUGAGGUUUUGCGAAACGACCUUGCCGAGAUCGCUGCGACAGACUCAAUCCUGGAUGAAGCUGUUAAGACUAUCAACCGCAUCUCACUAGUACCAGUGAGCAAGCAAUGGGCUUGCGCCACAGCGUCCUUCUGCACUUCUCUUUCGGAUACUGAGCUAGUCGAACGCUUCUCUCGAGCUACUAAAGGAAGACCCAUCGAGUAUAAAUACGACUGCACUUUCUAUGGCAUAACACCUCUCUACGACGACGAGGCUGGCGCCAAGAUAGACAUACUCGCCGUCCCAGGUCUCGCUAGCCACGCGGUCGGCUCGUGGAAGGCGCCGGGCGGGAACGAUGUGUGGCUCCGAGACUUUCUUCCCGACGACGUUGGUGGCAUUCGUGUUCUCUUAUAUGGCUACGAUACAGAUCUUCGCAAAACCAAUUCCAGGAAAUCAAUCGAAGAUAUGGGGAAGAUGCUUCUCGAGUCGGUCACUGCUUUUCGGGCAGAGCUUCAGGCUCUCAUUCAUGCAAGCAAGCGUACCCGUUAUGAUUUGUCUACAACAUGUUGUGGUCUGCUCUUUUUUGGUGUUCCAAACCACGGACUGAGGAAUGAACAGCUGCACAGCCUUGUCCAAGGUCAACCCAACGAAGCAUUAAUAAGAGAUCUCUUGGUCGAUCGCGAUACAGAGCCAUCCACUUUUUUGAAGAGAGUUUCCAGUCAAUUCGCAGAAUGCUGCAAGGGUCAAUAUCCUGUCAUAUCAUUCUACGAACUACAGCAUAGUCCGGUUGUGGAGAAACACCCUGACGGCAGUUUGACCAAGUCUGGUGACAAAGUUCUGAUGGUCACGGAGAAGUCGGCCACCAGCACUGGCAUCACAGCGGUGGCCGACGAAGACAACAUCCCUUUCGAUACAGAUCAUUCCGGCUUGGUAAAAUUCAGCGCCAGAAGCCAGGAGUCAUAUCAGAUUGUCAAGGACAAAAUCAAGAACCUCGCCACGGAAGGAGUCGCGUAUGUCUCUCAAAGAUCUGCAGACAACUUGUCUGAUAAGUCAAAACAAAGAUGGAGAAACCUCAAUAAUCCGCCUUAUGACUCCUUCAGGAAUUCCUCAAAGCUGGCCAAGCCCGAGCCAGGCACCCUUGAAUGGCUCAUUGAUGAGGACGACGUGAAUCUGGCUGAUACUGACGCCAAUGUCAUGACUCUUCGGUCAAGUGAUUUUAUCUCGUGGCGGGACUCGGACGAGACUCAGCGUCUUUUGAUCACGGGAAAUCCUGGGCAAGGCAAAUCGGUGCUCUCAAACUUCAUCGUAACAAACCUCGAGCGAAAUAAUUUUACCAACUCCAAGGUGAUAUACUAUUUCUGCAAUAUCAAGAUUGAUGAAGCACAGCGCAACGCCCGCGCUGUGCUCAGAUCUCUAAUUGUGCAGCUUUGCGAGACACGGCAAGAAUUAUUUCAAAUUUUGCCUUCUGAUCUUGCAGAUAAUAGUGACCGCUUUUUCACAGCAUCAAUCGAUAGACUGCUUCACAUCUUCGAGCAGAUGCUUGAGAUUAAUAGUUACGAUCAAGUAUACUGCGUCAUAGACGGCCUCGAUGUCUACGACGACGGAAUGGACGAACUUAUAGUAGCGCUGUCAAGGAUUUUCAUUUCUCCAGGUGCUAAAGCACCUCUCACGAAGCUGAUAUGUACAAGUCGGCCUGGGGGCUUGGUGCAUGACGCAUGGGGGCAGUCACAAUGCAGAAUCCUUCGGUGCAACGCAAAAGAUCUGAAACUAUUCAUCGAAUCACGAGUUACAUCAUUAGGUCCGCAAUUUACUGAUGAUAUGAAAGCGAGCCUCAAAGUUCAACUCUUCGAACAUGCUAAGCAGACCUUUCUAUGGAUCGACGUGGUAGUUAGGAGAACCCGCGCGAUCCGCAUUCCAUCGCUAGCACGUAUAAAGGAGACCAUUGCCAAGAGCUCUGCCGACCUCGAAGCGCUAUAUGCUCAGUUAGUUCAUGAUAUAAUACAGCUUGAUCAGCUAUAUGCCCGGAUUCUGGUUUGGGCGAUAUACGCGAGACGUCCCCUCUAUUAUACUGAACUUGCUGACGCCGCAGCUAUUGAACCCAACGUUGGAUAUACGAGCUAUGCACAAUACCUAGAACAUCGUCCAAACCUUACGCCCAAUCUGAUUUAUCGGACUUUGGGCACCUUACUAGAUGUCCUCGACGAUAAGGUAUAUCCAAUACACCAGUCAAUUAAAGAUUUCUUUGAGACGAAAAAGCCCUUAGGUGGUUAUUUUGGGAGCAUCGAAGCUCGUCUUUGGCCAGCAUAUGUCUCGAUGACAUACUUGCGUUGCGUGGGUCCUCGGACUAGAUCGGCAGAUUCACAUUCCUUCUUCCAAUACGGGUCUGUGUUCUGGUUUUCCCAUAUCGCCUCCGCGAAUGAUAUUUAUGAUAAUCCAGAUAUUAAAUGUCAAUUAUCACAGGUUCUUGAUAUAACUUGCUGGAAAGCGCAGGCAUGGAUGAACUAUCUCUGGUCAGAACGAGGCCAGGUAGUACCAGAAUCGAUAAGUCAAAUCGCUGUCGAUCUUGAUAUCGGCUGGCUGGCUGAAGUGCUUCUAGACAGAAAGAUCGAUCUCUUAGUAGGCAACUUCAGCAAAGACAGCUUCAUAAGCAGUGCAGGGCGGAACGGUGCGGUGUUGAGAGUACUGCUGGGGCAUAAUCAGGCGAGGCAUAUUAUGCUGCCAGAACAAUUAGUUCCUAUUAUAUUUGGGAAGUUUGGGAGAAAUGUUGUCCAUCUUCUGCUGGAGCAUAGGGGAAACGAGACAACAAUCACGGAAGAGGUGGUUAAGGCAGCAGCGGGGAAUGAGUGGAAUGGAAAAGAGGUGAUGGCUCUCCUUUUGGCAAAGAGGCCUGACGACGUCGUGAUUACAGAAGGGGUGGUUAAGGCAGCAGUGGGGAAUGGGCUGAAUGGAAAAAAGGUGAUGGCUCUCCUUUUAGAAAAGAGGCCUGACGACGUCGUGAUCACGGAAAAGGUGGUUAAGGCAGCAGCGGGGAAUGUGUGGAAUGGAAAAGAGGUAAUGGCUCUCCUUUUGGAAAAGAGGCCUGACGACGUCGUGAUUACAGAAGGGGUGGUUAAGGCAGCAGUGGGGAAUGGGCUGAAUGGAAAAAAGGUGAUGGCUCUCCUUUUGGAAAAGAGGCCUGACGACGUCGUGAUUACAGAAGAGGUGGUUAGGGCAGCAGCGGGGAAUGAGUGGAAUGGAAAAGAGGUGAUGGCUCUUCUUUUGGAAAGGAGGCCUAACGACGUCGUGAUCACGGAAAAGGUGGUCAAAGCGGCAGUGGGGAAUUGUAUUGGAGUGAUGGCUCUCCUUUUAGAAAAGAGGUCUAACGACGUCGUGGUAGUCACGAAAGACAUAGUCAAGGCGGCAGCGGGGAAUGUGUGGAAUGGAAAGAAGGUGAUGGCUCUCCUUUUGGAAAAAAAGCCUGAUAACGUUGUAAUUACGGAAGAGGUGGUUUUUAUAAUCGCUCAAAGGUUUGACAUUUUAAUUAUGGCUCUCCUUUUAGAAAAGAGGCCAGACGUCAUGAUCACCGAAGAGGUAGUCAAAGCGGCAGCGGGAAGUUAUAUUGGAGACAAGGUAAUGGCUCUCUUUUUGGAAAAAAGGCCUGAUAACGUCGUAAUUACGGAAGAGGUGGUUUCUAUAAUCGCUCAAAGGUUUGACAUUUUAAUUAUGGCUCUCCUUUUAGAAAAGAGGCCAGACGUCAUAAUCACGGAAAAGGUGGUCAAAGCGGCAGCGGGGAGUUAUAAUGGAGACAAGGUGAUGGCUCUCCUUUUAGAAAAGAGGUCUAACGACGUCGUGGUCACGAAAGACAUAGUCAAGGCGGCAGCGGGGAAUGUGUGGAAUGGAAAGAAGGUGAUGGCUCUCCUUUUGGAAGAGAGGCCUGACGACGUCGUGAUUACAGAAGAGGUGGUUAGGGCAGCAGCGGGGAAUGAGUGGAAUGGAAAAGAGGUGAUGGCUCUCCUUUUGGAAAAGAGGCCUGACGACGUCGUGAUUACAGAAGAGGUGGUUAGGGCAGCAGCGGGGAAUGAGCGGAAUGGAAAAGAGGCAAUGGCUCUCCUUUUGGGAAAGAGGCCCGACGACGUCGUGAUUACAGAAGAGGUGGUUAAGGCAGCAGCGGGGAAUGAGUGGAAUGGAAAAGAGGUGAUGGCUCUCCUUUUAGAAAAGAGGCCCGAUGACGUCGUGAUUACAGAAGAGGUGGUUAAGGCAGCAGCGGGGAUUGAGCGGAAUAGAAAAGAGGUGAUGGCUCUCCUUUUAGAAAAGAGGCCUAACGACGUCGUAAUCACAGAAGAGGUGGUUAAGGCAGAGCGGGGAAUUGGAAUGGGGGGGAGGUAA